AUGAUCCUUGCAACUGUCCUCGCCGGCGCGACUCAAACAGUGUUGGGGGCCUCUAGCGACGGGAUAGACUGUCACCAGUCCACGGAUCCCAGGGGGUCAAGUUGGAGAUUCGAUCAACCGUUAUCGAACACGACAUCCAACUUCAUAUUCGACGGGGUCAGCUCGCUUCUUCAGCAAUGGGGAAACACGCGCUAUCGAAAUGGGAGGACUCUAGGCCACAAUAUUGUCCCAGGUGUAGUUCCCAUAGGAACCCUGCUUUACCACGGAACCUCAAAGAAUGUGAUACCUUCAACGCCUGAAUGGGUAGCCACAGACCACGAGCAUUCGCAUAUCUUUUGCAAAGAGAUUACAGAGGCCGGAGGGUGCUGGAUGCUGACAUUGGCAGUAAAGCGCCCACUGAAGGUCCUCUACUUCGAUGGAAGCAGCAGCGCGAAGGUAUACGGUACGAUGGACACCCAAGACUUGAUUAUACGUGGUUUCGUGGACGACCGGAUGGUCUGGGAGGAGGAAGAUCGGAUAAGAAGACUGUGUGAUUGGGGAACGAAGUACGGAUUACAUGGCUUCAUUAUUGGUAGCGAAAUUAUGCUCUGCGACUUUACGAACGGUCUCGAUGUCGUCUCGUUCAACAAUAUCACCCCUCCUUGGCCAUACAUUCCUUAUUCCCCCCAUCCUCCCAUCCUCUCACCACCCGCCAAGUCCCGUUCAUCAAUCCUCUUGGCUGCCCAUCGACUUCUUGAAUCUGGUCACUGGCAUAACCGGUAUCCUGGGGAAACGAGAGUCAAGUUGGAUCUGUCAGGUCUGGUCUCCCUCUACGACCCAGAGUUGUUUCCCGACCUGCAAAGAGCGAGAAAAGGGCAGGACAGAUGGGAGCAUCGGGUCGGGAAUAUUACCAGCGAAAAGAGGAAUGCGCUUCUUGCUCGAUUGGAUGAAGUACUUUCGAGAAGGCAAGGGCAAAGUGGGGUGGACUGGAGCAGCAUUUUCAGGGCCGUCAUCCACAGAUACGCGGAAAGGCUCGAGGUUCUCCAUUAUAUGACCAGCGCAACUCCUCGGAGUCGCACCGGUUUUGAUGGUGACAUCGACAGCCAACUCCGUGAUGUGCACGAGUACGUUUCAAGCAUGCUCGCACCCUACAUAUUGAACAAGGUCAGGCCUCCUUCAAACCGAGAUCAAAUCGAGGGAAAAUCUCCGCAUUCCUGGGCCAUCCCCGUUUUUGAAGCCUGUGCAACGACGCAUACCAAAGGGAUAGCUGAGUCAAGUCUGACUCGCUCGGAAGUACUUCUCUUCCGCGCUGUGAACGAUGUCCUUCGCGAGACUUGCCGGGUCUUGGUCGGCAUAUGGGCACAAGGUGCGGAGAUUGGUUUGGACAAGAAGAGAUCCCCCCCAGAGCUACACCUGCCUGCGGAUGGAUUUUUAGAGGAAGUGGCUGAGAGCUGGAGUGGGCGCCUGGAUUCCUUGAUGGGAUGGCUGGAUUGGAGUGUUUGGGUGAAGUGCAAGCCCGGCUGCAGCUUCGAGUUCCUUGAGUUCUGA